AUGGAGGAGCAAUGCCGCGGCUGUGGGGGAGAGCAGUGCCAGCUUUGUCGCGAGGACGCCGAGCGCAUCUCGCAGUGCUGCAGCCAGUAUGAUGCCAGUGCACAACCGGAGAUGUGCAAUGUCGAGGUCCCUGACAAAGACCCUUGUUCCGGUCUUUAUGGUGCUGAGAGUCUCACUUGUGUUUGGGAGGUGUCUGUCAACUCGUGCAUUGACAACCAGUGCACUGGUUGCUCCGGAGAACAGUGCCAGCUCUGCCGCGAAGACGCUUCUCGUGUGCACCAGUGCUGCCAGGACCACUGGCACUCCACUAUGCCCCCCAAGAAGUGUGCGGACGCCAAGCUUGCAGCCAGCGACGAUGAUCCCUGCGCUGGUCUCUACGGUGCAGACAGUGUUCAGUGUGCUUGGGUGCAGGAUAUUAACACUUGCGUUGAGGCUGGUUGCAGAGGAUGCUCCGGGGAACAGUGUGAGCUUUGCCGGAGCGACGUUUCUGCUUUGAACAAGUGCUGCCAAGACCAUAAGCACUCGACCACACCCCCAGUGGCCUGCGCCGACGCCUUCGUGGAGACAUGCGUGGCAGAGCAAUGUCGCGGAUGCAGCGGAGAGCAGUGCCAGCUUUGUAAGCAGGACAAGUGCUGCAGCAAGAGCGAUGCCAGGGGUGCCACGGAGUGUGUGGCCCUGGCGAAGCAGUCCGCGCUUCUUGCCCUCUCCGCCACUGCAUCGCCGUGCAACGGGCUCUACGGCGCCGAGGCCCUGACCUGUGUAUGGAAGGAG